AUGGAAGUAGAGGAAUGCAUGGAUGAAUUUUCAUGGGAUUUUCACUACUACUAUUUGUAGAAAAGAUUUUAUUCAAAAAUAUAGAGAAUAACCCUUGUUGCGAAUUUUUACGAAUUGUAAUAAUUAGAUCACCAUCAAAAACAUCAUUAAGCAAUACUUCUUGAAAAUUUUGAUCAUUAACAUGCAGAUAAAUUAAUUCACUCUUUAAAACACAAUUAAAAUAAUCUAAAACCAUAAUUAUUAUCUGCUGCUAUAGGACUACAUGCUAUUUUCAAAGGAAUAGCUGUUGGAGUUACGGCACAAACUUCUGAUAUCUUAGCUUUAAGAUUAUCUUAGAGGGGACAUAAAUGGGCUGAAGGAUGGGCCUUAGUAGAAGCUUUUAGAGUAUCUAGCGUUGAAAAAGCUAUAUAAGUUAAAUUCAUUAUAUUUGGUGCCUUCCUCUCACCAAUAAGUAUCCUGAUUCGAAUUAUUAUUGCCAGAGAAAGUACUUUAAUAUCAGGAAUCAUUUAAGGUUUAACAGCAGGAACUUUUAUUUAUAUA